UUGUCAACAUGGCGGAGUUGAGUAACAACAUGAAGAGGAAAACCUAUUUUUGAGGCGAAUCCUUAUUGUUCUCCACCCUAAAUCGCUCAUACAAUUUGAUAUUUGAAUAUUUCUUCGGUUGAACAUUAACUAGAGACCAUGAUGAAUAAACUCCUUGGCCAAACAGAGAAGUAAUUUGACCAUUUACUAUGGUCUAAUUUUCUGUACAAAAACAGAAAGUAAAAAAUUCCUGUUUCCUAUCUUCACUCAGUCACCAUAUCAGUUGACCAUGAAGAAAACUUCCUGAUAGUGAUAUUGUAUCUCUGAACUAAUCUGACGACAGUGAGCUGUAACAUAGUAUGGCGUUCCAUUCAUUUUGCUUGGUUUUGUGGAUAUCGGGGGCGGUGGCGAUAUGGAGACGAUUUACCACCUGCCAUGUUGGUGGUAGUGUCCUGAGACAUGGGAGUGUUCAUAUUCUUAUUUUUGUUGCAAUGAUAUCGGGUCCAGUGAUGGCUAGUGCCAUGAAAGACAGUACAGAUUACAUCCACUGCACGAAUAAGAUCUAUGAUAAGUCUGUUCAGUCUGGAAGGAUCACAAGUCCUGGAUUUCCAAAUUAUUUUGAACCAAAUAAAUGUUAUCUUUGGUCCAUUUAUUUGAGGCCAGGGUCCAAUAUCACAAUCAUGUUCAACUUGCUUGAGAUCCCUAAGUUGGGAGACAGCUGUGGCAGUUACCUUGCUAUUGGACCAUCACCGCAGAGAAUAAUGUGUGGGAGAGCUGGCGCAGCAACCGUUGCACCAUAUACGUCAAAUCAUGAACUUGUCUGGAUCAGGUUCUUUACAACCAAUACGUCCACGCCAGGAAAAGGCUUUGAUUUGGAAUUUGUUUCAAGUCCUGUGCCAGCUCAAAAUUGCCUGGGAGAUCAAUUCUUGUGUGUAAAUUCAAAGUGUAUUUUGAAGAAUUGGACGUGUAACGGCCUGUCAGAGUGUGGCGAUAAUUCUGAUGAAAUUCGCUGCCCCACUCAUUACAAUGGGUCUGAGUGUGGUACUGGACAGUUCCUGUGCAAGUCCAUUGAGAAUUGGAAGAUGGAGUGCUUCUCAAAUUCUAAUAGAUGUGAUGGAAAACAGAACUGCUUUGAUGGAUCAGAUGAACAAAAUUGUGAACAUGCAUCUGUGUGUGGAGAAGUGUUCAACAAACAGCUGGGUCACAUCACCUCGCCUUUGUAUGACCGCAAAUCAACAUACCCUAAAAAUAUCAAUUGCAACUGGACAGUGCAUGUUAACCCAGGUCAUGUUGUGCAGUUCCGCUUCGUUGCUUUUGAUUUGGCGCCGACUUCUGGUUCUGACAUUGAAACAGAUUCUGGAGAUUCAAUCACGUUUUUCAAUGGUCCAAAUGGAAUGGAUGGAAUGAUUGGACGAUACAGCUUCUACCACAAGCCACCUAAAACUGUUGAGUCAUCAUCUAACCGGGUGUUGAUUAAGUUCCAUGCUGGGUUGGAUGUGAUGGAUAUGCUCAAGAGGGGCUUCAACAUGUCUUUUCAACAAAAAGGCACCUGCUUACCAAGUCAAAGUAAAUGCGAUAAUGAAGAAGACUGCUACAAUCCAAUCGAUAAAUGUGACGGCCUCUGGGACUGUCCACGCCAUGGAGCAGAUGAGAGGGGUUGUGAUAAGUGUGACUUGAUGAAGUUUCCAUGUGGUUCAAGCAAUCAGUGCUACACAGAGUCGGAGCACUGUGAUGGCAUGGGCGUGUGCUUUGAUAAUAAAGAUGAAAUGAAUUGCACUCCUGAUGUCUGCAAUACCAACAAUGGCACAUUUCUUUGUCAGAAUUUCCGUUGUAUUUACGAGUCAUGGCUGUGUGAUGGUCGGGAUGACUGUGGUGACAAUAGUGAUGAACUUUACUGUGCAGUUCCGUCUGUGCGUGUCAUCUUGGCAGCAGUUGUUGGCUCUCUCGUUUGUGCUUUGCUCCUCGUCAUAGCAAUCGGCUGUAUCAUCCGACUGUUUUCUGUCCGUUUCCACGAGCACCAUGGUGGGUCAAGGUAUGAGACUCCAAUGUCGCGCAUUCAGGCAGAAUUCAUGCGACGACAGGCACCGCCGACUUACACAGAGGCCAUGAGGACAUCCCGACCGUUCAGUGAAUUCAUUGCAUCAGUUCGAUCAGCCGGAAACCAUCUCCGUGGCAACAGAUCAAGGAGUGGUUCUGAUGUUGAUCUUUUAGUGCCAUCUAGUGGCGAUGAAGAAAAUGAUAAUGCUGGGAUAGCAGUUAUUACAAUCAAUCAAAACGCCGAUGCGGAAGAAGCUCAGGUAGAGUCACCUCGGAGGCCGAGCAAUACCAGUGAUAUAACUGUUUCCUCAAGUGAUUCAUCUCUCAUCGUAAUUGAUUCGUCCGAACCUGGCCCAUCCAAUGCAACGUAUGACCGAGAGCUAGACGAAGAACUGUCGCCAAAUUUGACGUCAUGUAUAGAUAUAUCGUCUGCAUCGUCGUCUGGAACGACAGUGCAGUGGACGCGGGAAAUUGUUAGCACCAGCAACCCAGACCUUGCGGCUGAUGCUAAUGAGAAUCCCCCUUGUAAUGGUGAAUCUUCGUGUUCAAGAAAUUCAUACUGUGAUUCUGCAGAAACCGAUGAUGAUUCGCUGUUGGAUGUAUUCGGAUCCAGUGGUGAUGUUAAUACUGAGGUGGAGGUGUCUGGUGGUUCCAGAACUGAACGACCAGAGGAUGACGGAAUGACUCUCUCUGCUUCGUGCCUUCAAGCUUCAGUUGAACCUGACCAAGGGCUUGAACCGCACCCAGGGGACAUGGACACUGCUAGGGACACUGACACUUCACCUGACACCGCUGUUGGUGAAAUAGAUGAUGUACAAAAUUUGCCAAAGGUUUAGCUGUAUUUUCUCAAUGAUUUACUGUGUAUGUGUUAUUUGGCCAGUUAAGAUGAGUCUGUUUCACAUAGGCCUAUUGCAUGUGAUAUAAGCCUCUAGGACAGGCGCCCUUUAACUGGCUAAAUAGCAUCUAGACAGUAUGUUUGUGGUAUUUUUCAACUGGUAUUUUAGCAUAGCUAAUAGGCCAUGACAAAUCAAUGUACAGGAAUAGUAUAUUUUUGGUAAAGAACUUGUGGUACUUGUACCUACUUGUCUUUGUUCAUAUCACCCCAUCAUUGGCCUCCACCACGGAUUGUGGACACACCAUCCUUUGUUGAUACAGAGUGAGUGGGGGCAGUACUGAUCAGCCGGGAUAAAAUGGGGUAAGAAGAAAAAAACCGAGAUGAUGUUGGAAUUUGAAGAUUAUUCUUUAGUUAUGCAAUAUGCUGUUAUGCCUAUAUUAUAUAAAAGAUACAGAACAUAAAACAGAUUUGGUAUAACUGAGGUUUUUCAAAACUGAUCGACCUAUAGUUUAUUUCACAAGAAAACGGCACUCAAACUUUUGGUGAUUUUGGGGCAGAAAAUGCAACAUUUAAACGAAGCUCCAUAAAGUACAAAGAAUCUAAAAAUGGCUUCGUUGCCAGAUUCUGACAAACUUGACCAGGAAUGAGCUGUUUGAGGCAAAAUAUUGACAACUUUUCCCAGCCGUUUUGUUGGUGAUAAGAAAGAAGAGAAAGAGGAAUAUUUAACAGCUUACCAGUACAUAUUAUCAUUUAAAGGUGCUAAAAUUCAUUAAAUCCCAAUUUCAAGAGUGACUUUUGGGAUCACCCUUCCUACUUGAGUUGGGAAUUAAAAAUAUUUCGGUUGGUUUGCGUUGCAUUAUGAAUUAUUGAUAUGUAAAUAGGAUAGAAUUUGAGAACACGUCGGUAAGGAAUGAAAUCGGUCCAUAGGGUGUUUUAUGUAAAUUGUAGUAUAAUAUUUGAAGAGCCGCAACGGCCUGAUGUCUGCUCAACAAGCAGACCAAAAAGUUAAAUACGACCCUGAGUUAUAAAAUUACUUAUGACCGAUUACUGACUAUUCAGUAAUCAUGUAUUUUAUGAUUUAUUAUGUAUACCAAGGUGUAAGAUUUCAUUCAAAUAAUUUUAUUGCUGUAAGUUGCUUGUUGAAAUUAUAUUGAUAUUGUUAAAUCGAAUGCAUGAACUCAAUAUUUCCAGCUUGAAUUUUAUAAAAAAUGCACUUCACUGUUAGGAACAGGAGAAAACAAUAUUUUGCAUUUCUUUUCGUAUUGUCAAACUUGAGAUAGUUCAGGAUUUAAGGGGACGAGAAAUUGCCUACACACAAGAAACUUUGAGCAGAGAGGGUGUGAAAACAUGACAAAAACGUAUCCUUGAUUCUGUAUGUCAUGUGUAUGGUAUAUGUAUGUCAGCUGCUGCCUCUAUCACAACGGACCGCUGUGACCAAAAGGGCAUUUAUUACUUUAUAAUUCGUUGAAUUAAAAGAACAAUGCACUAAAUCUGAUUUGCCCAACAUCAUGUGUGUGUAGUUGCUCAACCCUGUCAAGUGCUGCACUACUACGGAGGAUUAUCGGUAAUUGAAGAUGACUCUUUUUUAAUUUGAAAGAACAUAAAGGAAUAAAUGCCAUUUUGGUCACAGUUGUCCCUUGUGAAUAAGGGGACAGAAGAAACGUCAUUCCUGUAGAUAGCUGUAUAAUUAUGUAUAUAAAGAGAAUUUGCAAUAAAGAGCUUAUGUAU